AACGGUGAGCUGAUGGUGGAGUUCAAGCCGAUGAAGUUCAGCCGCAUCAACCGACACAAGAUGUUCAAGCUGAGGAAGAUCCGAAGGCCCGCCGGUCCGGAAUACGACACGAAACUCUGA